CUGCCUUCACUGCGUUUCUCUGCGUCUGAAAAGGGCAGCGGUUGCCUCGAGGGAUACUGGAUUCGACUGAGCGUCCCCCUCUCAUUCUCAAUGAGACAGCUGAAUCCUUGGAACUGGGGUUAUAAACAGUCUGCUGUAUAACGCUUCUUUUUUCGGAGCACCUGAUCAACUCAAGGACUGCUUCCGACGAGGAGAAUGAAGGCACGUGCCCCACCCCCGCCGCGGGCCCCUCAACCCGCCCCGCGCAACAUCUUCCGAAACACUGAUGGAGGAGGCCCAUCGGGAAUCGAGUCCAAGGAGAACAUGAUGAGGCCCACGGUGGAUUUCCAGCUAACUCUGCCACAGGGACACCAGACCUCUGUAACCGAGGAAGGCAGCAAGGCGCUGAUGGACCUGCUGGUUGAGCUGUGCAGCCGCUACCACCUGAACCCAGCGCUGCACACCCUGGAGCUCCUGUCGCCCGAGGGCCGACCGUUGGGGUUCAAGCCCAACGCUCUGCUGGGCUCCCUCAACGUGGCCUGUGUCCUCAUCAAGGAGAAAGUCUGGGAGGAGAAAGUUGUGCGCAGACCGGCGCCCAAAGUGCCAGAGAAAACGGUGCGUUUGAUGGUGAACUACCACGGCAGCCAGAAGGCAGUGGUACGGGUCAACCCGUUGGAACCACUCAAGGCUCUGACACCAGUCAUCUGCGACAAGUGCGAGUUUGACCCUGCCCAUGUCCUGCUCCUGAGGGACGGCGUCAGCCGCCGCGAGUUACCGCUGGAUAAAUCUCUGACAGAGCUGGGGAUCAAGGAGCUUUAUGUACACGACCAGAGUCUAGUGCUCCAGCCUAAAAUGGCUUCUGCCCCUGCGCUUAACUACUCAGACUCUUUUCGCUCCAGUACCACCAGUCUGAAUAGAGCAGAGAAGAAAGGUUUCCUGGGCAUCUUCCAGUUCAGCAGGAGGAAAUCCAAGACAGAGACAACUUCUGUGGACAUGGAUGACUGUGAUGAUAAAGUAAUCCAAAAUACUGACACACAAUCCAAUGGUGUGUCCACAGUGUCCAGAGUCCCCAGCACAGAAGAUCGGCCCAGCACCCUGGGCCAGUCUCAGUCCGUCAUGAAUAUGUCCAGGAUGUCUCCCAAGGCGGAAAUCAAGAAGAGACAGGCCCCGGGACCGCCCGAGGCCCCGACACCCACCAUGGGACACACUAGCUUUGAGGGCUAUCAGAUGGGACUUGGCUCGGAAAGCCAGCAGAGGAAAAGAAAGGCUCCUGCCCCUCCUCCCACCCCAGCUUCCAUCACCCCAGGCUCUGAUGACACUUCAGCCUCGGCUGCUCCCACCCCCGACAGCCGCACCGCUGAAAAACCUACCCAAGCCUUCCGCAACAUGGUGGCAGAGUCAAUUCCAGUCUCCUCUAACAUUGUGGUAAUGCGCACAAUAAAAGCAGCUCCCUCGAAAACAGCAGCACAACCUGCCACCCCAACCGCCAGCUCCCCAACCCCAAGCAGCAGCACCACCGACAGCCUGGCAGCCCAGGACUCCAGCUCUGAACUCAGCCACAGCCUCGAUGACUCGGAUGCCGACUUGGACCAGGUUGGCUCCCGCUGCAGCACCCUCACCAGCAGCACAGCGAGCGGGUCCGUGCGGGCCCGGCCCGCCACGAAAAGCUGCGGCAGCAGCAGGAUGGAGGAAUCAGAGAUGUCGAGCAGCGUGGCUGCCAAAUCCCAUCAAGGGGCGACCUCCGCCAGCAGCUCCAGGUCGGGGACCGAGUCGGCCCUCAACCUGAAACUGGAUGAAGUUGAGAACAACAGGCACAGCGCAAUGGGGACCGCUGAUCAACCAGCGCCACCCAAACCCCGCCGUUCCCCGGCCCGGGAGCCUCCGCGGCUUGCCCCCUCCACUCCUGCCCCGCCCUCCCCUCCCACUGAGCCCACAGAAAGUAGCUCCCCAGAGAGACCCACGGAGGUGGAGGAAGCGGCUCCCCAGUCCUGGCUCCACUCCACGGGGAGCUCUGCUGCCAGUGGCCAGAGAGCAGGGACUGAAAUGCCAGAGGAGGAAACAGUCUCCCUCGGCAGCAGCAGCAGCAGCGGCAGCAGCAGCGGCGGCAGCAGCCUGCCUGACCAGGGUUACGCCGCCUCAGAGGGCACGGCGGAGGGCGAGGACUCGGGCAUCGUCAGCUCGCCGUCUGACACCCAGCCCACAUCCCCGGAUGGGAGUUUGUCCCUGGACGGAUGUGGCGGAGGCCGACCGCCGGGACCAGUGCGGGACAAUUCCAGUGACAGCGACGAGGGGUGUGCCACCUGGGGCUCGAGACACGGACACAAUGCCAUCAGCCCACAGGCAAAGUCAGGCAGAUUAAAAGACAACUAUGAAGAGGACGCAGAGCUCACAGCCCAGCUCCGUCAGACUUUGGCCGAUUUUGAAGCAGGCCUUGCAGGCCGCGUAGGUAUUGUCUCGGUGAAGGAGACUCCCUACUCCAUGUCCACCGACGGCAACGACGUGCCAGUGUCUGUGGUGGACAUGGAUGUGCCAGUCACAGCCAUAGAUGAAGUACUUGAGGACUAUGAACGUAGAAACAUUGUAGAAAAUGAGGCUAAAUCACUUACCAGGACCAAAUCAGCUGGCAGCAAAGGUCUUUGUCAGCAGUCCAGUACAGAGCCACAGAACAAAAACAACAAUGCUUGUACAGCUGCUGAGAGUAAUAAAAGCAGCAGUGUAAAUACUAAGCAUCCACCCCAACCCAAGCAGCACAGGAAGUCACUGGAGAACAAGUCAAUAGGUGAUAAAGGGAAAGAAAAGAUAAUAGAGACUAAAAUGAAAGACACUGAUACCAACGGUGUGAAACAGGAUAAACAACGAGCGACGUCAGCCGUCAAAUCUGAUGUUGACAUGCGGAAACACAGCAAGAGCCCCGUGAUCAAACCUGAUCCUGUCAAAAGCAACACUGAAUCUUUUCAAGAGAAGAAACCCGUCCAACCGCCAGCAAGUCAGAGAUCAGUGUCUACAGAAAGAGUUGAAGAGAUGCAUAGAGUUUACCAAAAUAACUCUGGCUCUAACCCUUCAAACGGUAAAAUCACUCGCAACGUCACGUCGCGCUUCGGCAUGAAAACUUUCACUGUGGUCCCUCCAAAACCUUCCGUCAUGCAAGCCGCCACAGGAAAUGCAGCUGUCAAAGUAACUGCCGGGGCUAUUAAGAUUGACGAUCAAGGGAACAUGGUGAAAGUGGGCAUCUCCUCGAACAAAGUUGGUGGUUCGUCAGAGUCCGGAAACAAUAUUGGCGAGGAGUCACCUCUUCUCGGGAAAGCCAAAGCCUUUUGGAGCUCAAAUGAGAGACAAGAAAGCGCUGUGCCGCACGGCAAAGGCCAGAUUAACAAGGCUAAAGAGAACAUGGACGCCGGGAGAGGUGCCCCCCUUUUGAUGUCAGACACUUCAUGCAAGACCAGUAACACUGACAAUCCGCAAACAACGAAAGGUAAACUGUAUAAACCUGCAGAGAGAGCCCAGCCUAAAGAGACGGUUAAAGAAGAAGCUAAAGAUCCAGUGAAAGACAUCCAUGUUGCAAAGGAGGCAGAGGCGGCGAGCAAGAGUUCAGUGUCCAAAACCAUUCCGCAGCCAAGUAAUGAUCCUGCCCUUCCGGCUCCACUCCUUCCGGACCCGAAAAGAGACCUGUCCUUCCUCAAACCAUCCAGGCGAACCUCAAGUCACUACGUGGCAUCUGCCAUCAACAAAUACACCCCGAAGACCUCAGCCAAACCUAGCUCCAUCCCCAACGUCCCCGACUCUUCUGCGUCCGUGAAAACACCGGCUAUCGGCUUCCAGAGAUCCGGUCGGUCCAUACAAGUGAAUCCGCACCAGUCCUCCCAGUCGUCUUCGUCAGAUAACAAGGAGAAUGACUCUGCUUCUAAACCCAACCCAUCUGCUCCCAAGAGGUCCACGAGCUCCCCAGAGUGUGUGUCAGAGAGCCAGAGACCUUUUGGAGAAGUGAGGCCGGACAAGGGAGGAUUUGGAAGCUGUGCUGGAUCCGCCAAAGGAAGCUCUAAUACGCUGGAAACGGAAAGAGCCAAGAAUAAGAAAAUUCAGUCUAGUGGCCCCAUCCAGAUAAAUGUGACCGCCAACAAUGACAGAGACGAUAUUAAACAUGUUCGGCCCAGAAGCCCCGUCCCUGCACAAAGCAGUCCUCCACACUCCUCUGCCAAACCACCCACAGCCUCCAAGUCCAACAUCCCAAGCACCACAAGAGACGUUAUCAAGACAGUCACCCAUCUAACACCUGACGCAAGACCACAACCCUCUGUCGCGGUGUCGGACGGUGUGGAUACAUCGCAGCCGGUGACGGUGUUUGGGCCCAUUAAAAAGUUCAGACCGGUGAUCUCUAGAUCUGUUGAGAAAGAGACGUCUCUGCACAGCAGCCUGAUGGAGGCGAUCCAGACAGGCGGAGGCAGGGACAGGCUCAAGAAGUUAUCCGCCUCUGGUCCCAGUUGUAGAAAGAAGGAUGUUGAGGAGGAGAAUGAGAGGUCUGCUCUUCUGGCCGCUAUUAGAGCCCAAAACACCUCUGGCAGACUGAAGAAGGUCAAAUCUGAGGCUGCAGAUGAGCUGGAGAAGUUUAAGAAGGUCGCCUCUGUGGAGGAGAGGCGCGCCAACCCUCCCUCCUCUCCCUCUUUGACUUCCACUUCACCUCCUGUCUUCCCCCCUCCGCCACCGCCACCUGCGCCCAUGGUAGCACCCCCACCUCCUCCCCCCGUCUUGCCCCAGGGUAAGCUAAGCACUGUGGCACAUCCAAGUGCUAACACCCCCGUGAACCCUGCCUUGGCCAGGGAGGCUAUGCUGGAGGCCAUUCGCUCUGGAUCUGCAGCUGACGGGCUAAAAAAGAUCGGCGUGCCCACAAAGACGGUCCAAGUGAACGGCAAACUGGGAACGAUCCAAGCAACCUCCUCAGCGUUCCCUCGGCAGUAAGAGGGAAGCACUCGUCUCCGCAACAAGAAAUAAUUUAUCAGAUUUCAUUUAGUUUUCUUUGCUUUUUGCCAUCGUGUUUUCGCAACAGACAUUUGGAAAACUGGAUUGAGUCAUAUUUUGAGUUAAUAUUAUUAUUAUUAUUAUUAUUAUUUGCACUUCACCUCUCUCACUACAAGUGUAGGGCCUUAUUCUUAAACUACUACAGUUUUUAACGGAACUGUAAAGCAGGGAGGUUUUCACUUCUGUUAUCCACUACAACAUUUCUUCUUGCAAGGAGAUGGUUUUUUUUCUAUUAGUAGCCAAACACCUGUAACAUCUGUCUUGACGAAGGUGUGAUACCAAUUUCUCAGCUUCUAACAAAAGUUUGCUGGAAAAUUGUUUUGUGUUCAUCCUUAUAUAAUCGUGUUGCUCCUAAACAUAUCUUGCCACCUGUACUUGAAUUCAGUAGUUUUAACUGGAACCUCGGUACAAAACGCGUGCCAAUGAAAGCAAGUUUAAACAGUUAAUGCUACUUUCAGAUUUUCUUUUGUUAUUAUUUGCUUUUACCACAGUAAGUCAAGGAUGCCUUAUACUGUUGCUCAGUGUUAUGUAUAUGAUGUUUGCUGUACAAAUUCUUUCAAGAAGUGCAAUAAGUUGGAUCUGAUGACGUUUCCAGACUUGGGACUACUUAUUAUUUGUUUAACAAACUAAGAUUGUUGAAACCUUAAGUUCACUUAUGAAAACAACGGUAUGUUAUGUUGCCCAAAUUUGGUCCACGAUGCCAACUUCUACAGUUCUUAAGACGGCGAUGACUGGCUAGUGCUCACUAUUGCUCCUAUUUUCACUUUGAACUGUCACUCGUGCUGCUGUUAAUGAUCUGAAGACAUUGUCAAACACGGUCUGUGCCCUGCAGAAGCUUAUAAUAUUUGUACAGGCACGAUAUGAUUGACCAUGCCUUUUUUCAUGUUUGAUAUAUCGCAUAUUGAGAUUUAGCUUUUCAUUCUUUGACAUUACACUAAUUUGGAGCACUGUUAUUGAAGUCUGUCAAUGAUGGAUGCCACAGUUAGCAAAGAGAUUUAGUUUAGUAAUCAACAAGUCACUACCAAUUUGUAAUGGCUAUGUAAUGCAACAAACAAAAAAAGUGGUGGUAGGUAAGUAGAAGUUUUUGAUUUAGGCAACUGUUAGUGCAUUUCACCCUGCUCCUCUGUAGAUAAGGUUUACAGUCGUGAGUAGCUGUGUUCGAUAAAGGGAGAGUGAACAUUACCAUUAAAUGGUAUGGUUGUGGAUGAAGUCUGAAGUCCACGCUGAAUCGUCAGAAUGUAGGAAAACCUAGAGCAUCCAUAGUCGGGUGUAAAGGCUUGCUGCUGUUCAGUGGAGCAAGGGACGCUGAAAUUAGCUUUUGUAGAGGUUUAUUUCAAUUUCUUCUCAGUUUCAACAGU